AACUUGAUAAGUACGGGAGACGUUGUAGACAUGGAGCUGAACCUUGGAACGGGCUACACGCCUCUAUCAUCGGAAAUUUCAUCGUUCAUUCAACAUUUUAAAAUCCUUGACUGCAGUUGCUGCAAUAAACUGGUGGGAUUUCAACACCGAAUUACUGGAAUGCUCUUUUGUAGUACGGAUUGCAUCGACUUAACACGCCAAGAGCAAGGACAGCGGGAGACGGUCUUGGCAAAACCACCUGCAUAUAACGAGGCUCUUCUCGAGGCUGUGGAUUUAUACAAGGAAGUAAAUGACAAAUCAUUAGACAGCUCAAACUUACGGAAUUGUCAGGCGUCCGGCGUUAAGAAGUUGGACGUAGUAAAUCAUGUCUUUGAGGAUAUACCCGACAAAGUUGAUCCUCUGUUGGAAUUGGAAAAGCCUAAGAUAACAACAACGGCAGAAGAAACACUCAAGCUUGAUGAGCAAAAAAGCGUUGAUGUCGUAGAUGCUACUGCUGCUCAAAAGCAUGAUCUCCCAGUAGCUAAAAAAUACAACAAAGAAGUAGAUGAGAAGCCGUUUGCCGGCUCUACGACAAAAAUACGGAGUUCUCAGGCGUCUAUAGGUGGAGUAACUCAGAAUAAGACCCAAUCUGAACCGCAAUAUCAGGCUGAGUCCAGUACUGCUACCGCUGUAGCAGAGGUCAAAAAUGCUGCUCAAGAACCUUGGAUUAAAAGAUUUAUGUGGCAGAAUUGCAAAUUCUCCAAGAAUUUGGUCGACGGCGCAAUAGUGAAGUCCACUCAUAUUUGGAACAUUAAUAAGGUGCAAGUCGCAUCCGCCUUAGAUGAGGAGGACCUUUUUGGUAUUCAGGACAAGGUGAAUAUCCACUUGCAACAAGUCAAAAAGUUGACACGCCCACCCAUCCUUGACGAGAUGGUAAUUGGAGAGUAUAAUGGCGAUUACUAUAGGGGUCGUGUAACUAAAAUUAAAGGAGAAAUGUACCGUGUCGAUUUUGUGGACUUUGGGGGUGCACGAGAAAUGCCAUACACCGAAUUGUAUCCGGUCUCUGAGAACAUAAUGACGGACCCAAUUUUUAGUGUUAGCAUAUAUCUCUUCACUAUCCCAAAACUGGCCAAACAAAUCAUGCCAGGCCCUGAGUUGGUGGAUGCCAUGUGUGCGGACAUGACCCCAUUCAUGAUUGAUCAACUUAUACCGAAUCGCACCAAAUAUUACCGGGCAAUCCUGUGGUUGGAUGGAGGCAUUUCUUUGAACGACCUAGUCCGAGAGGUUGUUUCUAAAUGCACGCCCGAUGUUUUUGCCAAAUAAUUAAUCAUAAUUAGUACAUCCCCUAUAAAUUAAAAUAUAAACUACGUUAGCACUACUGCUGCUUACAAUUAGUAAUUGUUGUAUUUAAUCAUAAUGUCUUAGAUAUAUCUUAUGUUUUUAUUUAUUUAUGAUUUAUCGAUAAGUUUAAUGUUAUAUUAUGCUAAAAACAUUCUAGUUCUAGAUAUUUACUCAAUAUAAUACGUUACUGCUCUUAACAAUAAACAUGCAACUUUAAAGACUUGCCUUGACUAAGCAUAAAUUAAGUAUUAUUUCCUAAUCAUGAAACAUCAACCAUAUUAAUCAUAGUUAACCAACAAUCUAAUUAUAUGCAAACUUACUUAACACAGAAGAUCCCAGAAAGUGAAAUGAACAUAGAGUUGGUGUUGUUUUGGCAGAGCGUAAUGUGUGAGCAUAUUUGGAUUUGAGAUUUAUGCGGAACGGGAGUAGAAGUUUCUCGUUCAGAACGAACCAACUGCUUCUGCUGGCCUGGUCUGGUCUGAAAUUUUGUAAAAAUAGAAAAUAGAAAGAUGGACCCACCAUACGUCCGCCCCCAUCAAACUCCCCCAUUCGUAGUCCCUGCUGCAACUCAGUGUCAAUGGAUUCCGUUUCCAGGGUCGAAGAGAAAGGCAGAUUCCGUGUGUGCAUUGGAAGGACCUCCACCCAAAUUGUACGCAUACGAUGACGCCAUUGAUAUCGAAGACGGUGCUACUUCAUGGAGACCAGAUGAUUCUCACCCCCCCUUAUCCUCAGGAAUUAGCACCUUGGAACUUGCGACAACAACGAGUGCUGCUGCCAAUACGGUGAAUUCCUCAGCUAGUGGGAGUUGCUACAACUUUUCAAAUCUACAGCAGGAGGAGGACCAGGAAAUGAGUGACAUCAUGCCUCCAACGACGAUAAGUUCAUCAGAAUUCAACUGUGCAGGUUCUCAAUUCACUCAUUCUCUUGGGAAAGCACGGCAUGAAUCGGGUAGCUAUGGUGGGAGUGGUUGUGGGGAGCAUGACGGGGGUGACGGUGACAAUCUUGUUCGCAACGUUCAAGGAAAUUCAGAUUUAAGCAAUUCUCCGAAACUUUAUGUACUCGAGGAUCUGAGGGGGGUCCUAUCAAGGAAGCCAAACACAGACUUCGUCAUGGAACGAGUCUUGCGAGAGGAAUCGUCCAAGCCCAAACUAGCCAUGGUCCUGUGGAAACCACCACCAUCUUGUCAGUCCCCAAUCGAUGACGAGGGAAUAACUGAGAUCUCUUGCGACAACCUGUUCGCCACAUUGGACAAGAAGGUGGAAGAAGACGAUGAAGGAGGUGGGGACGAGAUGGAGGUCGUUCCUCCAUCACAAUAAAGAAGUAUGAAUCUUAAAAGAGAACAUUUUACUUAUUUGUUAUAUACAGAAACAUAAUAAUGUCAAAUUCACUAGAUUUCUCAUUUUUUUAAGUACGAAUUCGGCAAUAUUGAGUUUUACAAAAAUUUGAGAAAUGAAAAUCAAUCGAGUAACUGUCAAAUGUUCAGAAACCUAAGUACAUAACAGAAAGGAAAAUAAAUUAAUGUGAUUCAGA